GUACGUAAAGCGGCAGGAACUCCCGGCUCCGUUGCAUCCUUAACCACUAGAAAGAGGGUCAGGAGGACCGCUGAACUGUGCAAGCGAGGAACUGGGGGUGUUUUAGAAAAGCUGGUGUGUUUUUAUUUUAUUUUAUUUUGUUUACAGGCUCGGUUUCCGACGAACGGCGAAGAAAGAGCUCCGCUUGUCGCGGUGCAUGAAGUGGAAGGAGCUCCGCUGGUUGCCCAGGCCUGUUUGCGGUGGUGUGUGUCUGGAGAAGAAGGCUUCUGAUCGGAGUCAGGCAUCAGCCCCGGAGACUGAUGGCUCGUUUUAGCUUUAGCUUUCACUUGGUGUGCGCCGUCCUCCUCGGCGCCUCGGUCGUGCGGUCCAAGCCCACGCUGAGGAAGGAGAGGGUUCUCCGGGACCCGGAGCUGAGUAGGCAAGCCCACGAAGACAACAAGAGCUACCAGUACGACCACGAGGCCUUCCUGGGCAAGGACGAGGCCAAGACGUUUGACCAGCUCACGCCCGAGGAGAGCAGGGACAGGCUGAGCAAAAUCGUGGACCGCAUAGACGGAGACGCAGAUGGGUACAUCACGACCGACGAACUGAAGGCCUGGAUAAAGCGAGUCCAGAAGCGCUACGUGUACGAGAACGUAGCGAAGGUGUGGGCCGACUACGACUUGAACAAGGACAACAAGAUCUCGUGGGACGAGUACAAGCAGGCCACGUACGGAUACUAUCUCGCUAACCCAGAGGAGUUUGAGGAUGCCACAGACCAGUUCAGCUUCAAGAAGAUGCUCCCGCGAGACGAGAGGCGGUUUAAAGCGGCGGAUCACAACGGCGACCUGGCGGCAGACCGGGAAGAGUUCACGGCCUUCCUCCACCCCGAGGAGUUCGAACACAUGAAGGACAUCGUGGUUCUGGAAACGCUGGAGGACAUCGACCGGAACGGCGACGGACACGUGGACGAAGACGAGUACAUCGCCGACAUGUUUGCUCACGAGGACGGCGGUCCUGAACCGGACUGGGUCAGGACCGAAAGGGAACAGUUCUCCGACUUCCGAGACCUGAACAAAGACGGAAAGAUGGACCAGGAUGAAAUCAGGCACUGGAUCAUGCCACAAGACUAUGACCACGCCCAGGCCGAAGCCAGACAUCUGGUGUACGAGUCUGACCAGGACAAGGAUCAGAAACUGACCAAACAGGAGAUUCUUGACAACUGGAACAUGUUCGUAGGAAGUCAGGCCACCAACUACGGCGAGGACCUCACCAGGAACCACGACGAGCUCUGAUCUCUUCAAACCCGCUUCCUAAAAUCCAGAAACGCCAACAUGUCCCCUCCUGUCCGUGGCUCAGUGGGACGGACGUUACAGUGACCCCUCUCAAACGGACACUUUAGAUGCCAAAUGACAUGGAUGGGACGGGGGUCCUGCUAAGAUUUCUUGGACUGUGUUUCCCUCCUCUUUGUUUCUGCCAUUCAGGGGUGAAACCAGAGGGCUUUGGCUCUUUUUGUAUUUUUUAUUUUUAUUUUUUUUGAUCGGUGCCUUCCAGCCAUGGUGCGGCAGGCUGAGCUGCCUCUGAGAUUUGUAUAAAUGUUCGUAGAUCAAACCAAUCCUAGUCGGUUAUCUGAACAGUUCGUGAUAGCAACGAUAAUGUGAAACCUCAACCUAGAGCAUUUAAUGCGACUUAUUUUAGAUAUUUAACAGAUAACGUUGAUACUAAAAGUUGGGGAGGAAUAGGGUAUUUUUCUUUUUACUGAAAAUGUUUGUAUGCAUUGUAAUUAUGGUUUUUACGAACUAGUAACGGGUUUUUGUUUAGUCGAAUUUCUUUGAGUUUUGAAUUCUAUAGAUGUUUCAUGGCAUGGAUUUUGCACGCAUUUGGUUUUAAUGUAGCCUGUGAACAUCUUUUUUUUUUUUUUUUUCUUCCUUCAUAUUUAGUUUUUAUUGUAUUUAUUAGUAUAUGCAAAGAUAUGUUAGAGUUUUACUUUUCUAUUGUUUUAGUUGUAAAAUUUAAGAUUACACUUGUUGAUGUUACAGUUUUUUUUUUUUUGUUUGUUUUGUUUUUACAAGUAGUAAAUAGAAAUGGAAAAAAAAUACUUUUGCUUUCAGGGAGAUUGUGAAAUAGAUAGCAUAAAAGCGAAUUGGAGAAACAUGCUUUAGGGUUGUUUACUGUGAUCAAAAUAAUUGUUAAGAUGUUAAUGUUUUUAGCGUUUUCCAAGAAAUGGGGGAACAAUAAGUUAUAAAACUUUUCACAUCUUCAAAUUCUGUCCAAAUGCAUUAAAAAAAAGCAAUGUAUGUUAA